GGCGCUCGACUAGUCAGCCUAGAAGGGGUGGAGAAGUGUCAUGUGAAUUGGGAAGUAUGGCUGCAGUCAAAUAGCUUGUUUUGAAGCAGUUCUUUGAAGAGGCAUCAGUCACCGCUUCUUCUUGGCGAAACCAGCAUCACAAAAUACCUGCUACAUAAAUAAGGCUGAUUCAUCAUCUUUUGUGAAGAAAGGGCUUACGUUACACAGUUUUCGGAGCAUGUCAUUUGAGAUAGCUAGCUAACGCUAGACAAAUAGAAUCCUUCCAGGGGGCUUUAGUUAGGUUCCAGCGUUCAUAACCCAAACGCGAGAACCACCUGGAGAUAUCUUUAACCACAGUGAGGGGGCACGGUGUAUAUUUUAGUAUUGUUCAUUGUUAGGGCUAUCGACUUUAAACUGGCUUUUUAGUCGCAUUCUCCAUUACUACACGUUCUUGUAGGUAGUCUACCGGUUGUUAGCUUGCUUAGUUAGCUUGUGAUUGUUGGGAGCCUGUGGUAUUAAAACUUCUAUUUAUUAUUACUUGGAUUAGGUCGUUACAGAGUUUAGCUGAAUCAUAAUUUGUCAACAGUGCAACUGGCUUCCUAACAAACUGCGGAUCGUAUUGUUGGCUUUACCACAACCUAGCUGCUCGAAGUUCUUUUCUGCGUCCACAUAUUGUAUGAACUUGCUAAGGCAACCGGCUGGUUGGCUAACGUUAGUAUAUACAGGCAUUGCUAUAUUCUAAAGGUAGCAGAAUUAUGUGCUAACUGAGUCUGGUUUUUAAUUUAUCGUUUUAUCUAGGGUAGGGUCAUAUUCUGUUGAGGUCACUGCCUACUCAAAGCACUUUGCUAGCUGCGUCGCUCGACAUUUUGCCUUUUUGUGAAAAUGAACACAGAGAAGGAUUUCUCCCCUUUGACACCCAACAUCGUGAGAGCUCUCAACGACAAACUUUACGAAAAGAGAAAAGUUGCUGCCUUAGAAAUUGAGAAGCUUGUGCGGGAGUUUGUAGCCCAGAAUAAUUCAACCCAGAUACGACAUGUCAUCCAGAUCCUGGCUUCUGAGUUUGCCCUGUCACAGCAUCCCCACAGCCGCAAAGGGGGCCUGAUCGGCCUGGCAGCUUGCUCCAUCGCUCUGGGAAAGGACUCUGGGCUCUACCUGAAGGAGCUGAUCGAGCCGGUCCUCACCUGCUUCAACGACUCGGACAGCCGGCUGCGGUACUACGCCUGCGAGGCGCUGUACAACAUCGUGAAGGUGGCCCGGGGGGCCGUGCUCCCCCACUUCAACGUGCUCUUCGACGGGCUCAGCAAGCUGGCUGCGGAUCCUGACCCCAACGUAAAGAGCGGCUCUGAGCUCCUGGAUCGACUCCUGAAGGACAUUGUGACGGAGAGCAACAAGUUUGACCUGGUGGCCUUUGUCCCCUUGCUGCGUGAGAGGAUCUACUCCAACAACCAGUAUGCUCGCCAGUUCAUCAUAUCCUGGAUCCUGGUGCUGGAGUCGGUCCCUGACAUCAACCUCCUUGACUACCUGCCAGAAAUCCUGGACGGUCUCUUUCAGAUUCUGGGGGACAGCAGCAAGGAGAUCCGCAGAACCUGCGAGGUUGUCCUGGGUGAAUUCCUCAAAGAGAUUAAGAAGACCCCGUCCAGCGUUAAGUUUGCGGAGAUGGCCAACAUCCUGGUCAUCCACUGCCAGGUGUCCGAUGAGUCCAAGAUGACGAAUGACCUGAUCCAGCUGACGUCCAUGACGUGGAUGAGGGAGUUCAUCCAGCUGGCCGGCCGCGUGGUGCUGCCGUACUCCUCCGGCAUCCUGACCGCCGUGCUGCCCUGCCUGUCCUACGACGACCGCAAAAAGAACACCAAAGAGGCGGCCAGCGCCUGCAACCACAGCCUGAUGAAGCUGGUGACUCCCGAGGAUGACGAGGAAGAGGAAGAGAAAGGACAGGUCGGCGGCGACACCCCCACCCGGGAGGACAGCCCCCCGAAGACUCUGGAAGAGCUGAACAAUUCUCUGAAUGCGUCACAAGACUCUGUUGGGUUCAGUAACAUCAGCUUCUUCACACCCACCAGUGCUGACCGGGCCCAGGUGACUCUGGACCUGGACGGGAUUGUUCAGGUGCUGGACCGGCACCUGCAUGACUCCACCACUGGCAUGAUGACCCGCAUCGCCGUGCUCAAGUGGCUGUACCACCUCUACAUCAAGACGCCGCGCAAGAUGUUCCGACACACGGACAGCCUGUUCCCCAUGCUGCUCAAAACGCUGUCGGACGACUCGGACGAGGUCAUUCUCAAGGACCUGGAGGUGCUGGCGGAAAUCGCGUCCUCCCCGGCCGGGCAGACGGACGCCGCGGGGCCAUGUGACAGCACCGACGGCAAAUCGGAGCUCCAGGUUCCGGCGCCGGUGGGACAGCCUGCAGUGGGUUUAAAGGCGGCUGACUCCUCCCCCUCCACGCCAAGCAUGAAUUCCUACUUCUACAAGUUCAUGAUCAACCUGCUCAAGCGUUUUAGCCUGGAGAGGAAACUACUGGAGAACAGGGGUGCUUUCAUCAUCAGGCAGCUGUGCCUGCUCCUGCACGCGGAGAACAUCUUCCACUCCAUGGCGGACAUCCUGCUGAAGGAGGAGGACCUCAAGUUUGCCUCCACCAUGGUGCAGACGCUCAACACCAUCCUGCUCACGUCUGCCGAGCUCUUCCAGCUGCGCAACCAGCUCAAGGACCUGCGCACACAGGAGAGCUGUGCUCUGUUCUGCUGCCUGUACCGCUCCUGGUGUCAUAACCCUGUGGCCACCGUGUCCCUCUGCUUCCUGACCCAGAACUACCGGCACGCCUACGACCUCAUUCAGAAGUUCGGUGACCUGGAGGUGACGGUGGAUUUCCUGAUGGAGGUGGACAAGCUGGUGCAGCUCAUCGAGAGCCCCAUCUUCACAUACCUGCGCUUGCAGCUGCUGGAUGUGGAGAAUAACCCCUACCUGAUAAAGGCUCUGUAUGGCCUCCUCAUGCUGCUGCCCCAGAGCCAGGCCUUCCAGCUGCUGUCCCACCGGCUGCGCUGUGUACCCAACCCCGAACUUAUGAGGACGCUGCCCGAUUCGAAGCCCCCCGAGUCUUGCCGUACGACCCCGUCCCACGUGAACUACAAGGAGCUGCUGCAGCACUUCGACCGGGUCCAGAGCAAGCACCUGGAGGUGCGGCACCAGCGGGCCGGCCGGGCCGAGCACCCCGACAGGAAGCUGGUGCUGUGAGGGGCGGAAGUGGAGGCCGAAGCAUGCCCCUCAGCGCCAGGGCACCGCGCCGAGCCCUGAUGCACACGCUCACA